CUACUGUAUUCUUACAAAUAGGAACAUAGACAAUAUAUUAUAGUUAAAUAAUAAGUUUACGAUUUUAAGUGAAAUAUUUAACGAAACAAGUGAACAUAACAGUAACAGAUACUACACUAUUUAAUUGCCUAUAGUUCACAUAUGUAUGACGAAAAUCCGUUUAACAAUAAAAGCGUUUACCAAUUAAAGGGAUACAACUCAAAUAUAUUUUUACACUUAUUUAAUUGAUAUCGUUAUGCUAUUACUUUCGUAAAACUAUAUGAAUAUUCACGAACGACAUGUCUUACAUGAUUUAAUAACAGUAUUUCAAAGAUAUUACUAAAUCUAUGGUUAUUUGGAUUAAUUAAACACUAUUUGAAUCAUAUCUUAAACUUAAGAUCGUUCUUAGCACAUUAUUAAUGUACAUGUGUUUGUUACAAGUGUUAUUUAGAAUUACUGUAAUGUGUUUUAGUAUAUGCAUGUUUUGCAUAUAAAACAAUUGUUUUAUCAAUCAUGGAAAUAGUAUUUUUACGAGGGAGUUUUCCACUCAUUUAAAUGAGCAGUUUCUAUCUAUUCACUACAGACAUAAAAAGUAAAACAAAAUCAAAAGUUCAACGUUCAGCUGGUGUUUGGAAACUAUUCAAGCACUAGUGACAAUUUGACGACGAAAACAUAUAAAAUAUGAAAACAUGUAAAAAUAAAAAUGCUGUUCAAAACGUAUUGUGUUCAUUCUAUGUGCAGUAUUUGUUUUGCAUUUUGUUUGUAUGUAAUUAUUGAAAAAUGGUUUAAUGACUAAGUGUUCUAUCAUCAUCAAUUAAUUAAUAGCUGAUUGUUUAUUGUAUGUACUCAGUGUUUGGGUCUGUGUGUGUUGAGGAAGUCAAGAAAGAAAAACAGCAUGGCAAUGACAAGUCAUCGCCUCAAUUGAGAGACGGACUACAAAGAACCCCGUCAUUUGUCAUUGUACAUGAACCAUUGUAUGGAAAUGCCGGUGAUUUCACGUUGAAGAUUCGGUCUAUACAAAUCCAGGAGCUUCGAGUCUUUACUUUACAAAGUAAAAAAGACCCCACAGAUAUAUUCAGGAAUUUCUACUCUCUGGACAAGGGACUUAAAUACGAAACGUCCGCUGCUCGAAUUGAGGUCAAUUUACCAAAGAACCGAUACAGAAAUAUGUGUCCAUAUGACAAAAAUAGGGUUGUUCUACCUGCUAUUGGCGAAGAAGUAGAAUCCGAUUUUAUCAACGCCAGUUUUAUUGAUGGCUAUGGCAAAAGAAAGAAAUACAUCGCAGCGCAAGGCCCGUUACAAAGAACAAUACCAGAUAUUUGGCGCAUGAUUAUGGCAGAAAAUAUAAAAGCUGUAGCAAUGGUCACAAAUACAAUUGAAGAGGGAAAGCGAAAGUGCCUCCAGUACUGGCUUGAAGAUACGCGCAACACUUGCAAGCAUGGACAUUUCAAUCUAUCAUUGAUUGAACAAGAGGACUACGCCGAAUUCGUAAUAAAAAAAAACUACAAUGCGUCCAUGUAA